CCUGAAUUGAACACGCUCCGGCGACUGUAACGGCUCCCCUCGCGCGCCGCCCCGACGGCUCACGCGCCGAGCAUCCCGCCUCCGCCGCCGCUCAUCAUCCUCCUCCUCCUCUACCUAGCCGACGUCCGGCUUCCGCCUCCGCAACUCCUCCUCCUCUCCCUAUCUGACAUCCCUCAUCGGCUGUUCCUCUUCCAUCUCGCCAAUGUCGCGCAUCCGCCUCCGCCGCCGCCGCCGCCACCGCCUCCCCUCUUCCACCUCGCGACCCUCACCCUCGUGGUCUCCCCACGCCGCCUGUGCGGCGGCCACGGAGCGCGUCCGCGCCGGAACGCUCAGCCCGCAAGACGCACACCACCUGUUCGACGAAUUGUUAAGGCAGGCCGCCCCGGUCCCUGAGCGCUCCCUGAACGGAUUCCUCGCCGCCCUCAGCCGUGCUACGCCCUCCAAAGCCUGCAGAGACGGCCCCGCCCUCGUCCUCUCCCUCUUCAACCGUGUCUGCCGAGAAGAAGCCGGCGGCAUGCGGGUGGCGCCGCCCACCAUCUUCACCUACGGCGUCCUCAUGAACUGCUGCUGCCGCACCCGUCGUCCGGAACUUGGGCUCGCCUUCUUCGGCCGCCUCCUAAGGACGGGCCUGAAGGCAGACAAGACCAUCGCCAACACUGUCCUCAAGUGCCUGUGCUGCGCUAAACGGACAGACGAUGCUGUGAAAGUGCUGCGUCGUAGGAUGAGCGAGCUGGGGUGUGUGCCUGAUGCCUUCUCAUACGCCAUUGUCCUGAAGGGCUUAUGUGAUGAUAACAGGAGCCAGCAGGCGCUCGACCUGCUCCGGAUGAUGGCGAAAGAAGGUGUGUGCUCCCCUGACGUGGUCACAUAUAACACGGUCAUCCACGGCUUCUUUAAGGAAGGAAAAAUAGGCAAGGCCUGCAAUCUAUUCCAUGAAAUGACGAAGCAAGGGUUUGUGCCUAAUGUGGUGACAUAUAACUCGGUUAUCAGUGCAUUGUGCAAGGCCCGAGCAAUGGACAAUGCAGAGUUGUUCCUUCGGCAGAUGGUUGAUAACGGCGUUCAACCGAAUAAAGUGACAUAUACUAGCAUGAUCCAUGGAUAUUCCACUUUGGGCCAGUGGAAAGAGGCGACUAAACUGUUCAGAGAAAUGACAAGCAGUGGUCUUAUACCAGAUAUUGUCACUUGGAAUUCGUUCAUUGACUCCCUUUGCAAGCAUGGAAGAAGCAAAGAAGCUGCAGAAAUUUUUCAUUCCAUGUCUGCAAAGGGCCACAAGCCUGAUAUCAUCUCCUACGCCACUCUUCUUCAUGGGUAUGCCAAUGAAGGAAGCUUUCCUGAUAUGAUGAGUUUCUUUAAGUCAAUGGAAGGCGACGGUAUUGUAGCCAACUGCCAAGUUUUCAACAUAUUAAUUGAUGCAUAUGCUAAACGAGGAAUGAUGGACGAAGCUAUGCUCAUAUUUACUGAAAUGCCAGGACAAGGAGUCAAUCCAAAUGUAGUCACCUAUUCAACUGUGAUAGCUUCACUUUGCAGAAUGGGUAGGCUGGCUGAUGCAAUGAAUAAGUUCAGUGAGAUGAUUGGUACGGGAGUACAACCGAACACAGUUGUUUAUCACUCCCUAGUUCAGGGCUUAUGUACACAUGGUGAUUUGGUGAAAGCGAAGGAGUUGAUUUCUGAAAUGAUGAAUAAAGGUAUUCCUCGUCCAAACAUUGCAUUCUUCAGUUCAAUAGUACACAGUCUAUGCAAAGAAGGAAGGGUUAUGGAUGCACACCAUAUCUUUGACUUGGUUAAAGACAUAGGGGAGAGAUCUGACAUCAUUAUGUUUAAUACGCUGAUUGAUGGAUAUUGCCUAAUUGGUGAGAUGGGCAAAGCAGUCAGUGUACUAGAUGUCAUGAUAUCAGCCGGCAUUGAGCCUGAUAUCUUUACAUAUAAUACACUUGUCAAUGGUUAUUUUAAGAGUGGAAGGAUUGAUGAUGGGUUGAAUCUGUUCAGAGAAAUGUCACAUAAGAAAAUUAAACCUUCAACUGUUACAUAUAACAUCAUACUGGAUGGAUUAUUUCGUGCUGGGAGAACCGUUGCUGCCAAGAAAAUGCUCCAUGAGAUGAUCGGAUGUGGAACAACUGUGAGCUUGUCCACAUACAACAUAAUUCUUAGAGGACUUUGUAGAAAUAAUUGCACCGACGAAGCAAUCGCCAUGUUCCAGAAAUUACGCACAAUUAAUGUAAAGUUCAAUAUCACAACACUCAAUACCAUGAUUAAUUCAAUGUACACUGUUCAGAGAAGAGAAGAAGCUAAAGAUUUGUUUGCUGCAAUAUCAGACAGCGGGUUGGUGCCCAAUGUCUCUACAUACGGCAUAAUGAUACGAAAUCUUCUAAAAGAAGGAUCAGUGAAAGAAGCUGACAAUAUGUUCUUAUCAAUGGAGAAGAGUGGUUGUGCUCCUUGCUCCCGUCUUUUAAAUGAUACCAUUAGAACGUUAUUGGAGAAGGGGGAGAUAGUCAAGGCCGGAAAUUAUAUGUCUAAAGUUGAUGGCAAGAGCAUCUCACUUGAAGCUUCAACUAGUUCAUUGUUGUUGUCUCUGUUUUCUGGGAAAGGUAAAUAUCGUGAACAAAUACAAUUGCUCCCUGUAAAAUACCAAUUCUUCGGUGGAGUUAGUUGAUGCACUGGAAUCAGCAGAUAAGUGUUCGUGUGGUUUGGAGCUCCUCCCUCUCAACGGUGUGGACAAGUGCCUCACCAAGAUUGAGCUGGGUGAUGGUGCCACACUGCCACCAUGGUGUUCUGGUCGGUGCUUAGCUGCUGGGCGUGUAUCCUAUGGACAUCGCUCCUAAAUCCUAAUCCGUACGCCACCUCCACGCAUGGGCCAUCUGGUGUGUGAUGUGUUUGCUAAUGGUAAAAGAUAUCAAGCUAUUUGGAGUUCUCUGAACCUCAGCAUAUCAAGUGUGUGUUGGGCCGAUGGCAAUUAUAGUAAAAUCAAUGAACUAUUCUACAUUAUCAAGCUGUUUGGCGUUCUCUGACCCCCCCAGCACCAGGAGCUUGAUGAUUUUACUACCUGAACGAUCUCGAGAUGAAGUUUCUGUGAAGAGAAAGUGGAUUGGUAUCUUGUCAUCCAGUGGAUUGGUUAGUGAAAUUGGCACUUCUGGUCAUCUAACGUUGCUCCAACAUCACAGAUUCACCCACAAUACAGCAGUGUAUCAAUCAUGUUUUGGGGAGAAUUCGUCAUGCUGAUAUGGUGCCCUAACCAAAGCCAGGCUGUCAGUAUACACCUCAUGAAUGAGUUGCACCUGAUAAUAUGUUUAAGGUCUUAAAAGUUUGUACUCCCUCCGUCCGAAAAUACUUGUCAUCAAAAUGGAUAAAAGGAGAUGUAUCUAGACGUAUUUUAGUUCUAGAUACAUCCCUUUUUAUCUAUUUCGGUGACAAGUAUUUUGGGACGGAGGGAGUAUUAUAUUACGCAAUCUCAUUUUUUGUUUAGGAAAUAAUUGCCAAAUUCAGCCCUAGUAACCUACUGCAAGAUUUUUAUGUUUACUGAGUUAAUAUGUUCUUCAGAAAUAUUCUUAUUAGGUUAUCAAAUUGUUCCCUCAUGUGAUGAGGAUAGUGUUUGGUACGAACAAGUAUUUGCUUGUCAUUGAACUGGAGGAUUUAGUUAUUAUUUUUGUAUAUUAGCUAUUGUACUAUAUAAACUUUA